CUGUGUCCCUGAGGACAGGGGACCCCGAGAGCGGCCGCGCCCCCGCCCUCGCCCCCGGGCUGCCCCGGGGAGGGAGGCCCGCUGACAUCAGCCCCCGGGAAGCUGGGCCGCCGGGCGCUGGCCCGGGCCCAAUCGGUGCCCUGAGGAUGCGGUGAUGGGGACCCGCUCUCCCCCGGGAGGGGCGCCGCCUGCGCUGGGGACCUGGGUGCCGGGGACGGGCGGCAGGAUGCUGUCCGAGCAAGCCCAGAAGUGGUUCCCGACCCACGUGCAGGUCACGGUGCUGCAGGCCCGAGACCUGAGGCCGAAAGGCAAAAGUGGCACCAAUGACACGUACACGAUCAUUCAGCUGGGCAAGGAGAAGUACUCCACCUCGGUAGCCGAGAAAAGCCUGCAGCCCGUCUGGAAGGAAGAGGCCUCCUUCGAGCUCCCCGGCUUGCUGGUGCAGGGGAGCCCCGACAAGUACAUUCUGGUCCUCACACUGAUGCACAGGUCCCUGGUGGGGCUGGAUAAGUUUUUAGGGCAGGUGGCCAUCAACCUCAAUGACAUCUUUGAGGACAAACAAAGAAGGAAAACAGAGUGGUUUAGAUUAGAAUCCAAACAAGGAAAAAGAGCCAAAAACAGGGGUGAGAUAAAGGUCAAUAUUCAAUUCAUGAGGAACAAUAUGACAGCAAGUAUGUUUGACUUAUCAAUGAAGGAUAAAACAAGAUCUCCUUUUGCAAAAUUAAAAGAUAAGAUGAAAGGUAGAAAAAAUGAUGGGACCUUUUCUGAUACGUCUUCUGCAAUCAUUCCAAGUUCUCACAUGGCGGAUGCCAAUUCUGAAUUUUCAAGUGGUGAAGUACAGAUGAAAUCUAAACCAAAAAAGCCUUUCCUCCUGGGUCCUCAGCGCCUCUCCUCAGCUCACUCCAUGUCUGACUUAACCAGGGCCCACGUGUCUUCUGAGAAACUGAAGCCUGGCACCAUUGGCCAAACGCAUCUUCUCGGACGCCAGAUAGAGUCCUUUGGAGCAGUGCCAGAAAGUGGAAGUCUCAAAUCUCCACACAGAAGAACAUUAAGCUUUGAUACUUCUAAAAUGAACCAACCUGACCGCAGUGUGGAUGAAGGUGCACCGUCUUUCGGAAGACAAAAUGACCCAUUUACAAAUGUGACGGCUUCAUUACCCCAAAAAUUUGCAACACUGCCAAGGAAGAAAAAUCCAUUUGAAGAAAGCAGUGAAUCCUGGGAUAGCAGCAUGACUUUAUUUUCAAAAUCAAUUGAAGUAAGAAAAGAAAAUAAAAGAGAGAAAAGGGAGAAAGUUAGCCUGUUUGAAAGAGUGACGGGAAAGAAAGAUAGCAGAAGGUCUGAUAAACUCAACAAUGGGGCAGCCGAUAGCCCCAGUGACUUGAAAUCACCUAAUGCGUUUAGUGAAAAUCGUCAGGACUAUUUUGAUUAUGAGUCAACUAAUCCGUUUACAACAAAAUUCAGGGCUUCAAAUAUAAUGCCAUCUUCAAGUUUUCAUGUGAACCCGACAAGCAGUGAAGACCUCAGGAAAAUCCCGGACAGCAACCCUUUUGACGCCACUGCCGGGUACCGCAGCCUGACCUACGAGGAGGUCCUGCAGGAGCUGGUGAAGCACAAAGAGCUGCUGCGCAGGAAGGACACCCACAUCCGGGAGCUGGAGGACUACAUCGACAACCUCCUCGUGCGGGUCAUGGAGGAGACGCCCAGCAUCCUCCGCGUGCCCUACGAGCCGUCCAGGAAGGCUGGCAAGUUCGCCAACAGCUAACGAGCCUUUGUGCUGCCGUGGUAAUUGGGGGAAGAAAGAGGGGAAGAAAAGGAAAGAGAGAAGGAAAGACUUGUUACCGGAAGAGACUGCACUUGCAAGUUUCAGUCCAGGCUCGUCUUUUGGGAAAAGGUGUUUUACUUGUAAAUAUGAGCGGGGACUGUCAAGAGUGACCUUUGAAGUGAGCUCAAUAAUUAAAACUUUGAAAGGGAAAAGGGCCAGAUUCCAGAUAAGUCAGCAGCUCCUUGGGAUCCCCUGGGGUGCUGGCCAGCCCGCGCACCUGCCCGAGGCCCAGGCAUGUCUUCAGAAGUCGUGGCUCAUUCCUCAGGAAGAUUUCUCAUGACUUGACAUUGUGAGAAUUGAUACUGUGGUUGGUUCCUGAGCAUUCCAUUUGUAGACAGUUCAGCUGCAGGAAUACUGCUCAUUAUAAACACUACUUCCAAAACAGUUCGUAUUUUAUAUACAUCCGUAUGUACGUGAAUAUAAGUUCAUGUAUCUUUGCAUAUAAAUACGUGCAUAUACCUCACAUAUACAUGUGUUUUUAGGACAUUUAAAAUCAGUUGGUUUCCUCUAAAAUGAUACCAGUUUCUCAAUUGGAAAAUGUAUGUGCGCUCAACGAAGCAUCAUUGCUACUGCAGUAUUACGUGUGUGUAGGGGAGCUGCUUCAAGUCACUCUUGAUUCUGAACCUUGGUUUCAAAAUGAGCUGCUACUAUGUUACUCCAGCGUCAGAUGUUUGCUCUUUAUCCAAAAGUAAUGCUCCAAAGGCCUUGUUGAAGAAUGACGUGUUUUAGGAAAGUCCAUUAACUUCAAACAGCGCGGAUUUCUCGAAUUCAUUUUUCAGCGUAACAUUUGAGUUUUGUCUAAGCUACAAGCGGGAGAUAAGCUAAUGUAAUUUGUUUUCUUGCCAUUCUAAAUGCCUAUAAAACACUAGCAAAGAAAAUAGUAAGAAUUAAAGCUGAAGAUAACUUGGAGGGUAAAAGUAGGUGAUCAUCCGAUGCCUGAUAACCCAAAACAGUGGGCAGAUUCUCGGAAUAGAGAAUUAGGCUUGGUUUCAAGUUCCAUAAAUAAUAGAACAGAUGGUUGCAUUUGGGUCUUGAACCAAAAUAACAGUUACUAAAGAGUGAGUUUUUAGAACAGAUCUUUAUUAGCAUGACGUUACACAUUAAUCUGCAUCUACCCUUUAAGAAUUGAUUUAUCACCAAAUUAUAUGUCCACUUUUUUUAGUCUGCUUCUCCAAAAUGUUGAAUACUUCCAUGAAUCAUCUUCCUGUAGUUGUACAAAAUUAGUCUGAAAUGUAAAGUGAAAAGCAAUGGUUAUAAAAAUAAUAAUUACAGCUUAUUUUUUACCUUACAAUCUAAAAUACUUACUAUGAAACACUGUUUCUUCUGAAUUUAAAAUGAAAAAACACACUGUAUAUGGAGACAUAUAUUUCUCAGCCUUUUAAUGAAGUGCAUUUUUGUCUUAAUAGGCAUCUGUACUAAGACUUACUUGAAAAUUAAAUACAAAGCAGAUAUAAUCAUUUUGCUUAUUUUAAUAUUCUGAAUCAGAUAAUACUUGGCCAAGUUUAUAUUUAGUUCAUAAGCCAAAAUCCCUGUUAUUUGUAUUUUCUGAGUUUCUUUAGUUUUCCUAUGAGAGCAUACAUUUUGAAAUUGUGAAAAUUUUCCCCAAAUACAAAAAUUCAGUAAUUUUUGAAAUGAAGAAAUGGAGGAGGGAAAAUAGCUCUACCAACUUUUUCUUUCAUAUAUAUAUAAAAAAUCUUUCCUAAACCUCCAAAUCUGGUGUAGAAUUUUAUUUUUCCAUUUGAAAUCUUAAUUAUUUUUAACAUGGUGCCAUUUUAAUUAACAUUUAUUAAAUAUUUACAAAAUUCUUAGCACUUGAUUUUGUGUUGUUAGUAUAAUUGUAGCUCUUUUUACACUUUUUAAAAAUAUCAAAAUUCAUAUGUUUUUAGUAUUAUGACAGAUUAGUUACAGAUAUUUUAAUAUGCUUUGGCCAAAUUUACUCCUGAUAGAAUGAACCAAGAUAUUAGUUUUGUAUUGGGGAUAUGUUUUAUGUGAAUAGAGAUCGGUAAAAAGUAUCAUUCAAGUAACUACUAUUCUUUUUAUGAGGAGAUUCAUUUUUAAGGAGACAUUCUUUGCUUGUAUAAAAACUGUUAAGAAUUAGAUUUAUCCACAUGUGAGAGAUUUGGUUAUAACUGACUCAAUAUUUUUAUCUUUAAAUCUGAGAUAAGAAUUCUAUUGAAAACUCAUCCUGCAUUUAUCACUGCCUAAAAAUGUUCUGUUUGAAUGUUUAUGAAGUUUUCCUCAUGACCCAGAGAACAAGUUAUUUGUUUUCAUAAUCUGUCAAUAUAAUAAACUACAAACAAAAAGUGAAAAUGAGUUCUCCAGUAAACAUAUCAGUGUUUCCUGCAUUUGGACAGAAGUGCAUUCGGAUUAGUUUUAUUUGCUAGCAUUGUAGAAGGAAGGCCAAAAGUCACCUUAGUUUGUUUUUCCAAAAUGUAACCUUUACCAGUAGUAUUCUAAUGGUGUAUUUUGUUAAUAGCUUCGAAAUAGAAAUAAAAUAUAUGUACUCAUUAAAUAAUAGAGCACAGCACUAUAGACUUAUAAAUGGAUUUUAUUUAUGCUUAAAAUGCAUGAUCAAAAAUAUUUCCACCGAUAAGAGGAUUUUUUUAAAAACCACAGAAUUGAUAAUUAUCUCAAACCUAUCUUAAGUUAAUAUAUUUCUGUUAUGUAAUUAAAAUAUUUCUAUUAUUUUUAAAGUAGCCUUAUUUUAUAACCAGUUUCCCUCCCAGUUUUAAAAUUCAGUUCUGAAAAUACUGAACAUAUUGUCCUUCCACUUAUGCCUCAGUUUCAUUCAUUGAGUAGCAGGGUCAUAUCUUAGAAUUGUAUAUAAGUGACGUGUCCCCCAUUCAUGAGAGAUGUUUAAGUAUUGCUUUUGGCUGUUCUAUUCUGCCUUGAGCCUAGUUUUGCCAUUCUCCCGUGAACGUAGUGCUAUCCAUAGAUUAUACAUAACUACAUCUAUUGCUUUUGGCAGUAAAUGAAGCUUUAGUUGUAAUUUUCCAGCUGUGAAAAUGUUGCCUUGUAUUGAAAAGGGCUUCAGGACUGGAAACCUAAGUAAAACCCAGCUCAUUAGUGACAGCUUUGCUUUCCUGCCUUCACCAACUCCUCUGUCCUCCCUCUCUCCCCCCGCCCACCACCCCUGUGAGGGUGCUUGCUCUUUAGCAAGGAGAAUCUAAAAAAACACAAAAGAACUGGCUUUAAUAGAUCUCGUACUUGUUACACUGGAGCUUUUCUCUUCCUCCGGCUUUUCAGGCAAAGCUCCCGGCCUCGGGUCUGUAAGUGAGGCUGGGACUUUUUGAUGUCCGUGUGCUCAUAUGUCUUGUAGAUAUGCUAGGUGUCACUGUGCGUGUGUAAGUGAAGUAUGAAGCAUGCUCGCUCACUUGAUCUCUUUGAAGUAAGAGGUAAAGGAUCACAGUGCUGCUGGUUUGUGAUGGUAGAUGCAAGGGUCUGUCAGCGCACAUUCGAAAGCCCCCAUUUUCACAGAUUUAUAACUCUCCUAAUCCAGAUGCAGCGAUUGGAAGUAUUUAAUAUGCAGUAGAUGGCACCUUAACUAAUUCAUCUGCAUCUGGAGGCUUUCGCGAUGUAUUUAAUAAGUAGUGGAGAAGCUCUUCAAGCAUUAAACUCGAGUUGGCAUUUUAUUUCAUUUCUUUUCUAUGUCAAAAAAAUCCCCUCUUACCAUGGAAUUGAAGUCUGUAACAAAUGAUACGUUGGGCCUAUAAAUCUUUGAAGCUUCCAGAUGGUUUGUAUUUUGAGGUACAGAAGAAUGCUGCAGAUCUAGAAAUGUGUAUAUUUAGCAGGUACUUGAAAGACACAAGCAUUAUUUAUAACUGAAGAGUAUUACACUUGUUAAGUAAAAUGCUCUUAGUAACUUGUAUACAUUUUUACCGAUACAAACUCAAAAGUAUGUAAGCCUUGCAUAAUGUGACAGUUGUAUAAUUUAUGUAAUCUGAUGCAUGAAUCAGACUUUUUUAUAUAAUAUAUAUUGAUUUAUUAUAGUUGAUUAAAGUGUUUAAUCUUAA